AUGGGGUACCUUCUAGAAGGCGCCAAGUACGCUCAUGUCAACAACUUAAGCGACGAAUCAACUGCAAGUUCAAGACAAAGGGGGCCGCUCACCCAUUGCGCUGCAACAACAAAGCUCGCCAGAGCCAUACCUAUCGGAAGAUGAAUCGGAUCUAUAUGAGGAUGAGGACGAUUCGAAACUCUCGGCAGCAACUCUCGGCAGCUUUGGUCGCGGUUCCCCCCAAGUCCUCGACGUCUCGCACCUCCUCAGCUUCGGGGCUUUCAAACUCUCACAAGAACUGUUCCAGCGACUCCGAAGUGGAUUUGGCAAGCGAUUCAUACCACGGAGUCUAAGAAGACAGCUCAGAUGAGAAAUUACCUAACAACAUUGUCUCCGCACCACUCCUGGCUCGGAAAGACAAGAAGAUUUGGACCGGUAUACCUGCGAGCUCUCUCGGCGGAACGCAGAACAACGAACUGUCGAACACGACGCGCGAAGCAUUUUUCUCAAACAUAAUCCUCACGACUACAGAGCACAACGAGCUCAGUCUCAGGCCGCUCGUUCCUCGCAAGCAGAAAUCCGAAUGGAAAUUUGUAAGCAGACUUCCUGUCCUGGAGCUCCCAAGGUUCAUAGCUACAGAGGUCUGUCGAAGCUGCGUGCUGCGCUGCGUUUCGUUUCGUCCUGUGAUCGACCUAACUCUUAUUGGUGAGAUCAACAGAAGCAUAGGUGGGCUCCACGCAAAUAUGAAUGCUGUCUCGCUGUCGUCGAGCGACCUUACGGUAACGCGCCCUCGUGCGCCCUCGUCUGCUCAUCAUCAACAUCCGUCGGAGGUGGCAGUGGGGAUCGAAUGACCUCCAGAAGUGCCUAUCACCCUUUUGAAAGCUUGGAGUCAACCCGCGAAGGUCGACUUGUUGUGGAGGUUCUACGAAUGGCCAUCGUUGCUCGGGGGCCCGCAAAAGAGAUCGGGGAAAGGAUGGCAAACUUGGGAACGAGAAACUACAGGACCCCGGGAAAACAUGCUCUACUCAACUCGAGGUGAUCAUCUCGGAUAUAAACCCAAAGGAACUUGGUUUGGGUGGCUGACAUGUCACCCUUUUUCCUUUCUCCUUCGUCCCUUGUGCAGACCCUCGUUCAGGCCGACGAUCUUUCAUCGGCGCUGGGGUACACCCUCGGCAAUCACGAACGACGCCAAACUCCGCCGAACGUCCGACGUGCAGUCCCUUUCAUUCGUGCGUUGGUGCGUCAAGAAGUCUUUCGGCAGGCCAACACGGCCACGCUCGCAUUCGAAAGUGAGUGUGUGCUCCGAGUUUGCACAGGAAAGUUUCUCAUCUCAAGACUGACCAUCAGUUCCCUCGCCAUUCCUUCAUUUCCGCCAGUAGUUGCCACGCGCGAUAUCGAACACCUACCAAAGAAAGUAAUGCAAGCACUCUACCCUUUUCCAAGAGAGUAGCACUUCCGCUGUUGCAACUCCUAGCAAAUGCCGUUAUUCGGAAGCAGAAAGCGUGACCCCGAGCUCCAGUCGGCGGGAAGCUUGCUCGCAAUGUCGAGACCGAAAGUUGAAAUGUGAUCAAGGACAUCCACGCUCGAAGUAAGUACAAUCCAUCAUUUCGUCAUACCAAGAAAAGAGCUGACAACUGGUUUGUUCACUUGAGCAGCUACACCGAAAAGACAGUCACAUACAAAGAUCUACUUUGACCAAGCUCGAGUCCAUGUUGGGCACCGGAACUCGCUUUGUGAGGGAGUUCGCAUCGGCCAAAGCCCGCGCAGGUUGGGGUACGGCCAAAGAGUGGGUCCUGCGCCUCUGUCUACCACCUGGCCGGGACCGACGCACCCACAACCUUCCUACGUCGAGCACGGAAAUGGGGAUGCUUAUCUGCGAUUCCGACACCAACACGGGAGAUCAUGGACUGCAAGACCUUAUCCUUCAGGUGCUCGGUGAUCGAUGUCCAGACGUACCAAGUCAUCAGCUCGCUCCAUCCGUCUGCAUUGCCUCUCCGGUACCCACUACUAUUUCCUGCAGGGGAAGAUGGCUUCCACCCCAACAUUUCUCUUUGUGGGUUUCACCAAGCUGGGCUGCCAAUCGCCAGAAACCGAGAGCAGAUCGACAAUGGUGUCCAAUCGCGCGAGGUACUUGCCGGUCUCGGUCUUGAUGACGAAGGCGAAGAGGAGGACGAAGACCGCGACGAUAGAUAA